AGCGCAUGCACCGGGGCUCCCAACUCUAGUGCUCCACAUCCAAGGGCCAAGGACCCCACAUCCCCAGCGAUACAUAUUGUCGAAGCGCACGUCUGCGCGCCCUCUUCUUCCUCACCAUACCGACGACACAAUGCUCCGACUCGAGCUCGCCAGCCUCUUCCUAGCCACACUCUCGCUAGCUUCGCCAUUGCACCUCCGGCAAACCUCCGAUGUCGUCUUCAGCGUAACGAACUUCACCGCCUUCGAGGCGGACCCCUACGUCGACGGCGCCCAAUCGAACCUCUCGUUCCACGUCGUGGACAGCCGCCGCGGAUACGAAGCGGAGGCCGACUGCGUGGUUCCGAACACGUACUUCAAUCUCCAUGCUAUCAGCGCCUUGUACGACGUCUGUCAGUCGCAAGAGCUGGGCUUUAGCUAUAGCUAUGGGGAUAAUGCGCUAGUCGUGCGGAGAAGUUGGAGGGCCAAUGAGUGA